ACUCGCGGACGUCGCUGCGGUAGAAAAAUCUUGACUUCACGCGAUUGCAUUUCAAUAUGGCGAACCGCGACAAAGGACGCAGAAAGUGGGGAGGAUUUUCACAAGAAUCAAUGACUUCUAAAUUGGAGAAGGAACGACUGGCGGGGAUGCGUGGCGGAGGGAAUAGAGCGUCUCAGGCCUUGUACAGACCAGGAAGUGGCCCUUUACGUAAGUCAGGCAGAUCUAACAGCACCGCCGACGAGUACGAUAAUGAGAAUGGCUCGCAAGAGAAAUCCAGAUUGCCGCCCUCUGUCCAGUAUCGUCUGAGGCAGUCACAGCUUAAUAGAACAAAUCAGGCACAGGACAGUCCACCUCUGUCACAAAUCGACAAUGUAACUGAAAAACUGGACAAUACCCAUAUUAACUAUAGAAAUAGCAGCAAUAGCGAACCGACGCAAAGCACCGGCAACAACUCUGGCGGGGGUGCAGGUAGAAACGAUCCGAAAAGGAAAAAUAGGAAACCUGAGCAAUUGCUGUACGUACCGAAGAAAGUGAAGGAAGCACUGGCUGAACAGGAUGGAACCAAUAGAUCUCCCAGCCACGCUGCAUGGGAACGUGAGAGAGAAGAGAGCAACGAUCGCGAUUCUCAUUCCAAUCGUAAUCACAAAAGCGAUCGCAAUCGUGCGAGCAGUCACAGCGCGCAAGACAAUGAGAGCGAAGGCAGGGGUAGAGACGACACCAGUAAACGGUAUUCGGGUAAUCGUCGACAUCGUCACGUCAACGAAAACGAGGAGCGUUGGUACUGGCGAUCCGAAUCGCCGGUAUCCGCCAGAAACUGCGUGAAUCGAAAGGACAAUCUACGUGAAGUCAGACAGGGCUCGGAACCUUUAUCUAUGACCAACCAGAAUGAUUUUAAUCGUACGCGAGACACUCGCAGUGUAGAGCCCGUUGGACAUUCGGAUAAGUUUCAAGGCAAGCCACCCACAGGUCGACGCAAUAUGAAAGACAGUUUGCCGAAGAAUGCCAAGUUAGAACUCUUGCCGCCGCGAUUGCAAAAGAAAUAUCUCAUUGACAAUGGAUACGCGUUACCUAACAAUCCAGGAACGUCCGCAGAGGACUCUUGGAACGGUAGCAGUAUUACAUUUCAGGGUUUGUCCAGUUAUAAUUAUUCACCACAAUCUAUGCAGCAUUCACAAACGAUGCAAAAUCUGCCACCAUCUGGACCAUCGCAGUCCAGUUGGGCUAAUACUGUACCGACGAGGGGCAGAGGUAGAGGUAGACUUAGACCCGAGGAACUGGAUGGUACAGCCAGCAGUGUUUUUAGGCCUGUUACACCCGAACAAUACUCGGCUCCAAGUUCCAGAUCCCAUACUCCCAGCCAGGAAUAUAUGAACAGGUCUUACGAUCGCCGUGGUAGCAAUAGCACCAUGUACACCAGCAUGGAAAGUUUGAGUCGCGCCGAUAGCGUAAUGAUGCCUCCGCCGUCAUCCGCAUCGCCUGCAACUUCGCAGUCAAAUUCGAACAGAGGUCACAGAUCGCCUGAGAAUUAUCGCAGAGGUGCGACAUCGCCAAUGGACGAUCGCACCAGCAACAUGCAAAGAACAAUCACCAGUAACACGUACGAACACAAUUCGAAUCUGGACAAGCAGAAUAAUCAACAAAACACGAAUCUUAGCUCCAUGAAAAGCGAGUCGUGUAACAAGUCGUCUUACACCACAUCUGAGACAUUCGACUGGAGUGAAGAAGUUGAGUUGAAUGAAAAGUUAGAACAGGAACAUUUGAGCCGUAGUUCGUCCGUAUUAAGUAUACGGGAAAGCACAAGUGGGGUGCGAGGUCAGGCCGCAGGCGAAAGUCACAGGAAACGUAAGAAAAAAAAACGUGACAAACGUGAUCGUGACCCUGAUCGUGGAAGUAGCCGAGACAAAGGGCGAGGCAACAGCCACGAACGUCAGAAAAAUCAACAGAAUAGAGAGAACGAUAACUAUAACAAUAAUCAAAAGAAUAAUAACAAUAACAAUAGUAGUAGGCGAUACGAUCACAGGAGGCGUAAUAUCAUUCAACGUAGCCGAGAAUCGAGUAAAGAUAGAAAUUAUGGUGGCAGCUAUAGAAACUUUGACGAUCAUAGACGCAGAACUGACAGGUACUUGGAUGAAGACUGGAGAACAGGCAGAAAGAUAUCAACUUGCGAGUCGGAUGACGGGAGACAAACUCCUAAAGUUUCUUCGCAUCCUGCUUCACUUUCGAGCGUGAAUUCAAACUCGACGGUACACGUAUCGUCUUCCCCGGGAUAUAGUAACGCUCAACCGGGCGUCUUGAUCUUGCCUAACGAGACUAGUCAGUCGUCUACGAAUCAGACUGCUGCAACGUCUCAGGUCUCUCAAGGAAGCGGGCAGCAACAGCAGAGAACGCUGUUCGAUCCGAAUAAUCCGCAUAAACCUAUUGUUAUCAUUUCACCCGGAAGUAGAGCAGCUGUACAGAGGGAUAGCGACAUGCAAAUCUCAAGCGUUCCAGUAUUCCAAUCUAAUGUAGGUAUUACGUCGCCGCCUUACUCUUUCCAUAGCGCCAAAUUCGACGAUAUGCCACCACCUUAUAUGAAUGACCAAAUCGGAAAUGUGAGACCUUCGUGGUAUGAACCAUUUUCUGCUAGUUUUCACUCAGCAAAAAAUCACUGCCUUCUACUGGACAUAGAACGUGCCGAUCUGGAACUACAAUGGAUAAUAAGUUCCGGUGGCUUUACCUCGUGUUUGGAGAGAGUCUCGUAUAUACGGAAAUUUCUUCAAGCUAGCUUAAAGAUCCUGCUUCAGACUGAUAUUAAAUUCUGCCAGGCGGAGAACGUUGAGCAACACUUUUGGAAGAUACUGUUUUACAAUCUGAUCGAGAUGUUGCGAAAAGCGAUGCCCAAAGAGAACUCGGACGGGCGGGAACGUUACAAGCAGAUAAUGUUAAAUAUCAUCGAUGAGGGUACCGUUUAUCUGGAAAGUUUACUGGUUAUUCUCGAGACUACGUACGAGUUCAAGUUGGACGCGUUUCUCGCGUCGUCGAGUCUGCCUAAGGGUCUCGGACUCUUGGGUCUGGCUUUAGUCAGCGCCCAAAAGAUAUUUUUAUUUUUGGGAGAUUUGGCGAGGUACAAGGAGCAAGCAAACGAAACGAGCAACUACGGAAAAUCUAGGCAGUGGUACUUGAAAGCACAGCAAAUCAAUCCUAAAAACGGCAGACCUUAUAAUCAACUUGCCUUACUGGCACAUUAUGCGAGACGGAAGUUGGAUGCCGUGUAUUAUUACAUGCGAUCUCUUAUGGCGUCCAAUCCUUUCCAUUCUGCCAGAGAAAGCUUGAUAGGACUCUUCGACGAAAACAGGAAAAAGUAUCUACAUUAUUACGAGUCUAUCGAACGUAAACGGAAGGAGGAAAGGGAGUCGAAGGAGCGCGCGAGGAUGAAGGAAAAAGAAGGCGCGAACAUCAUCGGCGGCGGGCUGAGGCGAGAGACGUGGAUUCAUCCAGGUGACGGUAGGCGGGUACGACGUACAACGAGCGCGACCAACGAAGCGAGAUUGUCCCACGCAAGCGACUUGGAGGAGUUAUCGCAAUUAACGAGUGUCGAGGUGAAUAAGCGGUUUGUCACUUCGUACCUUCAUGUUCACGGAAAGCUCAUCACCAAGAUAGGAAUGGAGACUUUUCAAGAAGCUGGUGUUCAGAUGUUGAAGGAAUUCAGAGCUUUGUUGCAGCACUCGCCACUACCGCUUCCUGGUACUCGUUUACUUCAGCUCUUGGCGCUGAAUAUGUUCGCGAUCGAGACCACGCAGCUGAAGGAUUCUCAGAUGGAGCAAGGUUACAGAUCGGAGGUUCAAGAACGGGCGCUCGUCGUGUCGCUACAGAUGUUCAGCCUGAUCUUAGAGCGCGGUGUGUAUCUGCUGAAAGCUCAGCUAGAUAGCGAGCAGGAACCGAGGCUGGUGGUCGGCGAGGAUCUCCAAGUGCUUCUACCGGCUAUUAAGAUCUGGUGCGACUGGAUGCUCUGCCACAGCACCAUUUGGAAUCCUCCGCCGUCUUGCACGGAUUACAGAGUCGGACCACCGGGAGAUGCGUGGAGCAGAUUAGCGACAAUGGUGAAUCUUCUAGAGAAAUUAAAUUACACCAGGACGACUCUGAUUCAAGGCAAAGAUACGGAGGAUCGCGAAGAAGACUUGGAGCUCGUAAAACUACCGGAAGAUAUCACGCUGGCUGGAUUCACUCCUCUCAUGUUGAAUCCUCAGGAUCCUUGCUACGUGGAGAAAACGGAAGACAUGGAAGUGGCUCAGAUGUGCCUCAGGAUAAGCAAGAUCCUCUUCUUCGGUCAAGUGUUCUUGUGCGGUUUGGAGACACCGGUGCUGAAAUUGCAGAAAAGCGAGACCGGCGUCAGCGAAUAUGUUUCCGUGGUCGAGGCUUCGAGCACGAGUUCGCCGAGUUCGCCGCCGACACAGAGCGACUCCGAACUCCUGGUAGAGAGUUACAGCGAGGGGGAGGAGGAGUCGAUUUCUACGUUGAGAAGAUUACCCUCGUGCGGCAGCAUGACCGACGAUACGACGGCUCCCGUGGCGGCUGUCGAGAUAAGGUCGCUGAUCGAGAGGAAGGAGGAACUGGAGAGGCGGCAGCGGAAACAAGAUCGACAUCGACAGCGAGUACAGGCAAUCUUACAAAAGUCCUCGGUAUCGGUAGAAAUCGAGGUUAGACCGAGACAGCUGGUGCUAGACACUAACUGCUUCAUCGACUACCUGCAGCAAUUGCAGAUCAUCGCGAGAGCCACUUCCGGCGCGCAGCCAAUCUACACACUCAUGGUGCCACUCGUCGUACUAAACGAACUCGAAGGUCUAGCUCGAGGCGCCGAUGCGAGAGAUUGUCCUCCAGCGUCGAAAGCGACUCUAAAUCCCGAGUACGUGGCGCAGGUUGCCGAGAGUGCCAAGGCGGCACUGGCCUUCGCGAGAAGCCGAAAUCCGGCGAUCCGGUGCUUAACCACGAGGGGCACCGUUCUCACGUCCAGCACUUUUACGGUGGAGGAAGACGUCGACAAG